AUUGUUAAUAUGUGCUAUGGAUCGAUACAAGUCAACUGUCCGAAGAUCAUUUAUCUUUAAUGAUAAGAGACAACAUUGUCUUUCAUUGUAAUAGAUAGAAUGCAUGGAAUAAGAAAUCGUGAUGUAAUCACGACUCUUCAAACAACAGUGUCAACAACCACUUUCUCUCCAGGUAUAACUCAGUCAACCGGUUUACAACAUUUAGACAUUCUUUCACGUUAUUCACGAUUUUAUAUCAUAACUGAACAUUUUUCACCAAUAAUCAAUAAUUUAGAUCGAUAUAUCAGUCCAUUAUGGAUACCUAUAGGUUUAAUUGGUUGUAUUCUAUGCAUAAUCAUCUAUGCUAAUCCACAAUGGCGAAAAUCAUUGAGACAAGAUCCAAAAAUACUGAUGAAUCCGUAUGGUUAUGGAUCCCUUUCAAUUUAUUUGUUAUUUCUAUCAAUUCUACACUUAUUUCAAUGUCUAUUAGUUGUUAUCAUGGAUCUAGAUACACCAUGGGAUACAGGUUUAUUAGCAUGUAAUGGAUUAAUUUGCCCAUUAUUUCAUUGCCUAUGGACUGGAAAUCGAUUAGCUAUUGUAAUGAUUACAAUAACACUAGGAAUUGAAGCACUUGUUCUGUUACAAAAAGAAACAAACUUUCCUUCAAACAUUUUACUUCGUUGGAUAAUAGCUGAUGGGAAUAGUCGAAAGUCAAUUCGUAUAGCUGUCGGUGUUACUUUAUUGGCUUAUAUCUACGGUUUAAUUGAAACAGCCUAUUGGCGUGUUCAAUACUACAAUUCUGAGUAUGAAAAACAAUCAUAUCCUGGUUUCCUUGGAUCACCAUCAUCAAUGUCUUCGGUACCUGAACCCCUGGCAAGAUGUGAAGUAGCCGGAGGCUUUCAAUAUUGGUUUGCCACUAAACCAGUCAACAGAUAUGAUCAUCUAGUUGAAAUCGAUGUUCGCAGACGUGCUGCUGAACUUGCUGCCAGUUAUUUCGAUUAUCAGUGGAUAACAGGGAUCACUGUUGACUGUGCAUUGGCACUAGGCAAUGUAUGCAUUGGUUUGGCCAUUGUGCGCGCCUACUUUAUGGAGGACUUAAUUAUACGACCAAGAUAUGCUGAAAGUCGGGCUAUUGCAUCAAGGAUAAAUCAUCUUGAAGUAUUGCAUAUUGCUACAAUUAGCAUUAUUCAAGGACUUUUUCGUCUACCGAGUGCUCUAUUCACUAUGCUUGAUCCAUUAACGAGGCCAGGUGAGAUGACUUUAACUGACGCUGAGGUUUCAAAAGAUCCCACCUGGCAAAGGUUUUUUCUUAUGUUAUCCGCCAAAGUGGUUGGAAUUGAACUAGGUAAUCUUCCAGCUGCUCUAUUAAUGCCUAUUUGUAUUGGAUUAUGUCAAGAGUUUCGACAAAACUUAUACGGAUUAAUUCAGUUUAAAACACCUGCCAAGUUGAGAACCACUUUAACUUCGUUAAAUCCUAGACAUGGUAUGUCUAGGAUUAUUACUCCACCGUUGAAUAGAUCUGACAACUUUAAGAAGGAUGCCUAUAUGAAAGGAUCAAAAAGAUAUUCUCCGAAUGAUAUUUCUUAUGAGUCAAAAUUUCAUCAGAGUGAAAUGCCUCAUCAUUUGCGUCCAUCGGAUUUUCACGAUAGACGUACAGUAGAUACUUUGGAAGAAUUAUCAUCAGAACGAUAUGUACCGAAUAAUCAACAAUGUGAUAAACACAACUUUGAAGUUCAUAGUGAAACAGAUGGAGAGACAACUUAUGAUAAUACCAAAUCAUUUCAUCAUUGUCCUAAUCAUCACAAUCAUCUUAAUGAUAUGAAGUCAACGGAUCAAUGUCAAACAAUUUUCACUACAGUUAAACAAAAUUCACCGUAUACUAAACCUAAAAGGUAUGAAAAAUUAAAUGAUAUACAUCAUCAACAACGAUAUCAUUCAAGAUAUUUGUGUAAAUCAGAUUGGGACCUACAUAAUUCAAUACCUAAUUCAUUAUUUUGUUCUAAUAAUCAAUUAACUAAUCAGUUAUACUGUAAAUCAAUCGAUUUUGAAGAAAUAAAACAAGUGGAACAACCAAGAACUGCCAUCUUGGAACAUCGAUCCUAUGUAUGAAUUAGAUGAAAUUAAACAAUAAAGGACAAUAAAUAAACAGUUAUCCUUGAUUUAUGUAUUAAUAUACUCUUUGUUAAAAUGAAAUAAUUCCUUUUUUGGUAGCUUCCAUAAUGAAUGAUUGAUAAACGGAUUCCG